AUGAGUACGCUGGCUGAAUGGCCAAGGCCGGAUUGUAAGUUGGGCGGGCUUUGCUCGCUCCAACUAUGGGCCCCAUAUUGUUCCAUGGGCGUUGCUAUAAAAGGGCCUCAGUUAAGGUUUCGAAAACCCUUAAAGAGUGCGGUUCAGUCUCCUUCUCCCCUAUCGUCUUUUCCGACGGCGGUGGCGUUUGCUACCGGCUACCAACUCCUUCUGACCGGCGCGACGUCGGAAGGCCACUGCGAUAUAGCCAUUAUCGCCCACAACCGAGUGCCGUAUCACCGCCACCAUCCGGCCACCCUCGCGACCGCCUCACUGCCACCAUCCGGGCUGACCUGCCACUGCCAUCGACCUACUUUAGAAUGGUGUGGUGUAGUAGCUGUUGUGCCAAAAAUUGUGAGAGGCCCACAUUCUGUGAAGGUUUCUUAUAUUGUCCUCUAUGUGGAAGAGUUAUUGAUCAGGACAAUUUUUCAAAUGAACCAACAUUUGUUAAAAAUGCUGCUGGACAGGAAUCCAUCAAAGGAAAUGAAUUUGAAGAUUUGGACAAACACAAAAGGGAAAAAAAAGAUAUUAUAAAGUUAAUUUCAAAAUUAACUUUAUAAUAUCUUAAAUAAUUAAUAUUUUAAAUAAUUAUAUAUUAAAUUAUAAUAUAUAUAUAUAUUAAAUAUAUAAAGGACAGUGAGGGAAUUGAGGCUGGGCAGCGCAAAGCGAUUGAGGAAGAAAAGCGGUGCACGAGAUUGAAGAAGGCAGCGGCAUUGGGUUCUGGAAGAAAAGGAGCCGCAGAGCAAAUCUGUUUCGGAUCGGUUCCAGAUCCGUUGCAACCCAGAUCUAUUUUAGAUCUGGACAGGGACCUUCCUUUAUUCUUCUGUUGAGCUUCUGUUUUUUGUUUUUUUUAAUUGUUUAGAGUUUUAAUUAUGUAACAAGUCUUGGUUGAUCUUGAGAAUAUUUUAUUUAUUAUGAGUGACUAAAUAAUUGUCUAAGGUUUUUAAAAGAUCCUAUCCAUUGAAAUU